AUGCCGCAUAAGCACAAAAGACGAGGGAACGGGGCCGACGAUUAUGAUCUUCCCCCAACUUCGAUAGCAAAAUCUCUCCCCACCAGAUCAGAAAAGCCUGGCGCCAAAUCUAAAAAAGGGCAAGCGCCUAAGAAGGGAUCGAAACAAAAGACGGCCACAGUCAAAGAAUUACAAGAUGACACCCCGCGCGCCUUUGCGCGACUGAUGCAAGUGUACCAAGGAUCGGCCAGCAAGCGGAAGAAAGGAGAUGGCGAUGGAGAUAUAGACUCAGACGAACAGAAUAGCCGCAAACGAAAACGAAAAAAUGAGCCUGACCAACAAAAGAAACCCAACACGAAGAAGGUUGCCAAAGCCAAAGCGGCGGAGGACGCAAGGGCGGCGAAUAUUCCUAAGAUUCUACCUGGAGAAAGGAUAUCGGAUUUUGCUGCUCGAGUCGAUCGCGCGUUGCCAUUCUCAGAGUUAGCAAAAAGAGCUUCGAGUUCGAAAGGAGGGAAGGAUGCGGCGAUAGGAAAACUACGAGAGACCCGCCAGACAAAGCACGAGAAACGAUUAUUACGACUACAGAGCCAAUGGCGUGAGGAUGAUAAAAAAUUCCGCGAGAAACGCCAAGCUGAAAUUGAGGAAGCAGAAGGAGAAGAUGAAGAGGUCAACGACUUGUGGAAAGAAUGGGAACGCGAAGCCGGAGCAGGUGUCAAAGGAAAGAGUAAGAAGAGUAGCAUGGCACAUAAGAAAAAGAAGAAGAAGAAGAGUACUGGGGGAGACGAUGAUAGCGAUGGGUUUAUCAGCAGCGACGAUAACGACGAUCCAUGGGCGAAAUUGAAUCAAAAAGCGAAAAUCACGAAAUCAGUUAACCCGGCCGAUGUUGUUCAAGCUCCGCCAGAGAAGCUGGCUAAACCCAGAGAAAUAUUUAAGGUGCAUGGGAUGGGAGGCGCAAAGGUCCAUGUUGCUGAUGUCCCUACUGCAGCGGGAAGUUUGAGACGAAGAGAAGAAUUAGCCACCGAGAGACAGAGUAUCGUGGAGCAAUAUAGGGCACUCAUGGCCAGUAAGAGGGAGUGA